AUGAAUAGUGAUCAGUUGCAAGAUUGGCUUACUGAUUUGAACGAACGAUGGAAAAAUGACACGGAAAAACGAGCACUGAAAGAUGUGGAACAUGAACGGACACUGUUAACUCAUGAAACUUACAGAACUCACUAUUUAAUCAGUUAUCUCAGUUGUAACUACACUGAUCUUGACUUAGUACAGCCGGUUGUAGCACAACUUCUCGCGUGUUAUUAUCGUGGAGGUAUAUUACGCUAUUUUGUAUUACAAUGCAUUCCAUCAUUAAUUCAUAUCUAUCUUUUGGCAUUAGCUAAACGCCAAAGGAAAUCAGUUUCCAUGUUUGAAACGUUCUUUCUUGCUAUUUACAAUGAAGAAAUACUUGCUGGUGGUACUUUAUCCGGAUCAAUGGCGAAGAAAAUAGAGGAAGUUCGGAUACCAUCCACACGUUUCCCAAGCGUAUACCAUGAUCCAAAGAAGCUCAACCUUACCUCAGACAUUGCUUUGAAAUCUGGAACAUCCGCAUUUGUACAAAAGACUGUACGAAUCGGUCCUUACAAAUCGGUAGAUAACAUUAUUCCGCAAAAUAGGCAAACAGUAUUGACUCGUCUAUUAAAGUCCAUGAAUGGGUGUCUCUGUAGGUUAUCGUGCGAUGUAGUAUGUCAAAGCGUAUGUUUGAGCACCAUAGCUCUUUGUCAAAGCGGGUUUUCUUUUCGCGAAACUGCUUUAGGGUCACGAGUUUUUGGCAGCAAUUUUUGUUCUAAAGAAUUUGAUGAUUUUUCAAAAAAACCAAGAUUACGAGUCUCAUCUCAAUAUCUGUUAGAGUCCUUGAAUGGUUUGUACUUUGCAUUGUUCAACGGUACGCCAGAAUUGGCUGUUCAGGCUAUUGAUGCUGUGCACCAAAGGGCUUUGUAUGAAUUCUAUGCAGACGUUAUUCUGGUAACGAAUAGUGCAUUGCAGGUAACGAAUAGUAUUAGCGAAACCCUUCUUGAAAGUAACUUUCAUAAAAAUGCAGAAUUGUUGACAGCACACUGGAUGCGUUCUGGAAAAUUGGAUAGUCACAAAGGGAAUGAAGUGGUAACAAAUGCUUCCUUACGGCUAAAGAAAAUGCCUGAGGAUAUUUCACCUGUUGUAGAUGAUGAUAUGAAAGGAUUUAAUUUCUCUGAUAGCGUUGAAAACUUCAAGAAGCGAAUUGCCGUAAAAGUAGAACAGCGCAAGUUAAAAUAUCAGUUCGGGCAUCACAGGCGAAGAUCAGAAAACGGUGAUAAAAAUGCAGAUGAUAUUGAAUUGGGCCCAAUCAACGAAGAACCAGUUUCAAGUGCAACACAAAAUCCUUUAAUUUUUGAUGCUACCGAUAAGGCCACACAUCAAAAUUCACCACGACAUCAUUCCAUUUCAUAUGAUUUAGCAAAUUCUGACAAUAGUGUCUUGGUUUCAUUUCGACAAGAUCAGGUUCAUAAUGGAACAUCACCAAAAUCAAGAAAUGAAUUAAUUGACUUUUCUAUCCCAAGAGAUAGUGAUUUAUCUGAAGCCGUGAAGCCAACAUCUAAAGAGGGAAGUAUACAUGACUUAGCGAAGUGGCAUGGCAAUAUUCAACACAUCGAUAGUAUAACUGAUGCUUUUGAAGGCACUUCGUUAUGA